CUUCCUGUUAUGUUUCGUAUUUCCAAGACCUGUCUUUGCAACAUGACAACAAAAGCAAAGUAAUUAUUUAGUAUUGCCGGUUUGAGAGAAGCGCUUCUAAAGAUGAAGUUGGUUAGAUUUCUUAUGAAACUAAGUCACGAAACGGUGACAAUCGAAUUAAAAAAUGGAACUCAAAUUCAUGGUACAAUCACAGGAGUAGAUGUAGCGAUGAACACUCAUUUAAAGUCUGUUAAAAUGACUAUUAAAAACAGGGACCCAGUUCAAUUGGAAUCCUUAAGUAUUCGCGGUAACAAUAUACGAUACUUCAUACUGCCAGACAGCUUACCGUUAGAAACACUGCUCAUUGAUGAUACACCUAAAUCAAAAACAAAGAAAAAAGACAGCAGUCGUGGAGGUAAUCGCGGCAGAGGACGUGGAGCACGCGGCCGUGGUGGACCUCGAGGUCGUGGUCGUGGACGGGCAGUUGGUAGACGUUAAGAUUUUAAAAUACUGAAAUUAAAUAAAACUUGAAGGAUAAAACAUGGAAAUUGAAAUUUUUUAUUCGCAGUAUAUAUACACUGCAGUACAUUUGUAUACAUUGAUGUUGAAUAUUAUUUUAAUACCAAGCAUAAAACAGUCUGUACAUAGUGAAUACUAUCAAUAUAAUAAAUAUUAGAAUGGUAACUA